CCGUCAAAAUAUAAAUGUUCAAAUGUCAGCUUGUUUUAACCCUAAAACGAGUUAUAAUUUAGAUGAUGACACGAGUGCAUGUGAAGGAUACGCACAGAGUAAAUCAGACUAAUCUACUAGUAAGAAUCGGCAUUUUUGGAUGUAGAUUUGGAGAAGUGUUAAGUGGAUGGUGUCUGAAUGUUGAUGUGAUUGGAAGCUGUUAACUAAAGUAAGUUGUCAGAGGUGAAAGUCUUCUGUAAAAUCGCUCAUUAUAAAGUUACAGUAAGGUGUAACAUGGCACCUGCAAGCAGUGUCUUCAUGUGAAAACAUGGAUAAAGCAGAAGAUCUGGAGACACUUGGUGAGAAACUGUACACUCUGAUUUACCCCAAACACAGAGAGAAUGCUGGAAAACUCACAGGUAUGCUGCUGGAGUUGCCAGGUCCUGUCCUGAGUCAGAUGCUGCAGGACAAGGCCACACUGACCGCGGGCGUGGAAAAGGCCCUCCGAGCCCUGCAGCUGGCACAGGAGCCCAGCUCGGUCCCAUGUAAGGACGACGAUGACGUGUCUGUGUCUUCUGACUCUCUGGGGGAGCAGCUGUUUGAGCUGGUGGAUGUUUACAACACCGGCCACUCCCAGAAAAUCACAGGAAUGCUUCUGGAGCAGCACAAAGAGGCCGUUUUAAACCUUCUUUCAGACCCCAAACUGCUGGAAGAGCAGGUGAACUUCGCCCUGAAGACACUUAAGGAGCAGAGCCUGGAGGGGACAGAUGCUGACGACACAGAGAGGCUCGGAGAGAAGAUCUUCUCACUGGUGGAAGAGCUGGAUCCACUUCAUGCAAAUGAUAUUACAGGUAUGCUGGUGGAGAUGGACCCAGCUGCUCUCCAACAGCUGCUCAGUGACCACACGAUGCUGGAGGUUGCUGUUCAGAAAGCACAAGCAGCGAUGGACACUCAGAAUCAAACUCUCUCUACUUGACCAGAGGAGCAACAUUUUACACACAGAAUAAGACAUUAAUAAAUGAAUGACUUUGAUGAACUUGGAUAAUAUGAUGCUGGGAAAGAGCGGGCACAUCCCUUUAGGAGAUCAUGGUAACACAUUUUACCUACAUAAGCAGCCAUCUUUGUUUUAUACUCAUUGUUGAGUGGACUGUGGAGAGUCUAAUUUUGACUAAACUUACUGCAAAUAAUUGAAGUCUAGUUAGCCCAAAUUGAUAUUGCCCGUUUAGAAUAUGGGUGCUCACUUUGUUAGCACGUGAUUGUCUCUCAGAUAAAUGGACUGAGCAUACGUGUCCGAUUGUAAAACAAUUAUGCACCGAUGUCGCUCCACCUGGGAGCCGAGCUUCCACACAAGACAUCAUUGUUGCUUGAUGAAGUUGUUUACAGUCAGAGGAUUUACUUCUAAGCCCGUCAAAGAAGUGAAGAUUUUUAAGUGUUGACAAGUCAUGCUAUGACAAGUUUUUGUACUGUACAUAAUGAUGUAAGUUGAAUUGAAAAUACAGCAGAAUAUACUGUAUAUAAACAUAGUAUGCAUUUGCAUUCCCAUGUUUAUUAGGUAGAAAUGAAACACGAACCUAUAAAACAAACUUGUAAAUCUGCUCCAUCACCAUUCUGUCAGCUUUGAUAUUUAUUAUUGAUCAUAUUGGAGCCAUUUACCAUCUUAUCUGUAUUACUAGUUAUGUGCAGAAAACUGGCAGCUCCACAGGUUACUGCCAACUGACUCAGGUACACAUGCUCGCCGAAAAGUAUUUGAGAUUUAACACAUUUCUAAAUAUUUAAUAUACGAUAGUCGCUUUAUUUUAAAACACAAUCCUGUAAUGAAUAAAACCAGACAGUUCUUUCAAAGUGCUACAGA